AUGUGUCAUGUCACACCCUCGAAUAAUGUGUGCUUUGGUGUUCAAAACAAUAGUUCUGGCUCGACGUCGACAUCUGAUGCUUUAGAUACGAUAAAGACUAUUACUCAUUGUGAUUUGGUGUUACCUUAUGGUGAUAUGAACCAAAAAUGUGCCAGAGGGAUGGUCUUUCCUUAUAAUGAUGGGUUAAUUCACUCACUUCCUCUACGCGAAAAUCACUUGAAGGUUAUGAUAGACAACAUUGAUGAAAGUUAUAAAGGUGUUCCUAUUCCCGUGAUGACAAAUGAAGUUGGUAUCCUAGAAGAUGCAGUUGGCACUGUAAUUCAAUGGUCGCGGAUCGCAAUUGUUCUUAGUAAGGAACAACAAAGCAAGGCGCCAUCACAACAACAAAUUCAUACCACAAGUGCGCGACCAUCAACCACAAAGGCUGUUAUGGAAAAAAACAUGCCUAACCAAAAGAUCAACAAACCAAGGCCCAUAGAGUCACUUCGUGACCUUUUGAAGACCAACCUAAUGGUUCAUGUAGUAGCCGAUGCUGGACAUCUCGAAGCUGGGGCGUUUGAUUUUUCAGUUACAUACGAAGAAUAUUAUCGUUUGUUGAAAAAACAAACAGCUGAUUUGUCCAUCAUAACAACUUGGCAGAUCCUUCUACACUUAAUGCUUCGGAAACAUAUGGGAAAAUGUGCUUUCCUAAACCCAUAUAAGAUUCUUGGGAAAGCAUGUCAGGAAACUCCGAUUGAUGUCGUCAAUUAUCUCGUUGAUGCGAUGCAACUUCAUCAUGGAAAAUCGUUUUUAUCGCACCCAUACCUGCAAAAUACGUAUUGGGUCCUCUUGGUGAUUUGCCCUUCAAAUCAUAUUGUAUACAUUUUGGAUUCUCUGAUGAAGCCUAUGAAAAAUCUUGUUGACAACUAG